GUCACGUCAAUGACAAAAACCCACAGAACAGCAAGCAGUCCAAAAAAAUAUACUAAUUUCAAGUCAAGGAAAAGUCGUGUGAUUUAUUUACGGCAAGUUCUAUGUUGUUGCAGCACUCUCUUUGUCGGUUUUGAUAUAGUAAUUCAAAGGAUUUAUGUUCGUUGUGUAAAAUCAGAAGGAAGCAUUAGCAUGGAAGGUUUUAUCGAAGUAAACGAGAUAUCAGAUUUUAUCUCAUACAUCCGCAGUAUUGAGUGGCGUGACCCCUGGCUCAUUGCACUGCUAUCAUUUCAUGUUUUAAUAACUCUUACAUGUUUCACCACAAGAAAUUAUGGGAAUUUUCAAAUACUGCUCUUCAUAAUAUUAUUACUGCUGGUCUACUUCUCAGAAAGUAUAAACGAGGUUGCGGCCAGGAACUGGGCGUUGUUCUCGAGACAACAGUAUUUCGACAGCAAAGGACUGUUCAUGUCAAUUGUAUUCUCCAUACCUAUUCUCCUCAACUGCAUGCUUAUGGUGGGUUCCUGGUUAUACCAAUCGACUCAAAUAAUGACAAACAUAAAGAAAGCACAGCUGAGACAGCGUUUGAAAGAGAUCAAUGCGAACCGAGAACAAAACCAUAUCAAGGCUGAUUAAAGAAUGACGAGUCAAUUAUAAUGUAGUUAAUCAAAAUUAUAUAUUUUGCUAAGGCCAAGAGAAUAAUAGGCAAUGUGUUAUGUUGGUUUUAUACUCAUUGGACGAUUAGGCCUUAUAAGAAAAUAUUGUUAUUUUACGAAUGAUGUCCAAUGGAUAAUAGGGUGUAUAACUAUAUAACUAAAUAAUAUGUUAACGCGCACUAUGUGUCACGCUCAUUCAACAACGCGUUAAUUUUUACGUAUUCUAAAAAGUUGAAGCUGUCAAAUUGACAACUUGAAAUUGAAACAGUUGGAAUUAUAAGUUUUGAAAGCCUUUCUUGCCUGGAAUUGUCCAUUAACAUAAACUUUCUCAUAUUUCAUUUAUUUAAACGUAUUUCAAAAUAUUAUUUUCCUUAUGAAUCUCUUUAAUCAAAAAUAUUGUCGUUAACGAAUCACAUUUUAUUAUUGUUAUCUUUUUCAUUACGAAUAAUCUUUGUAUGAAAUGUACUAAAUUGUUUCUGAUUCUUAAAAUUUAUUAUACGUCAUGCAUUUCUUAUGAAAACGAAUCGGUAAAGUAAAAUAUCGAUUUUUGCACUUUUGUACAACGACUUAUUCGUAAUCAUUUUCAAAUCUUGUCUAGGUUUUGUUUGUAGAUAUUAGAUUAAAGAUACAGAAGUUGAUCUUUUAUAAAUAUUCAUAUACCUACUUAUCUUUUAAGUAUAGGUAUAUACUUCGAAUGCAUUUAAGUACAUUUUACUUUUUCAAUAUAGUAUGCGAUUGACUUAAGGUCCUAAUAUGACUUUAACGUAUUAUGAAUUAUAUUUUGAAAAUGCAGGUAUUUAUUGAUCACAAUAAUGUUUCUUUUUGACAUUGACGUUGCUUAGUACUUUUUUCGUCAAGCCUAUACGAUAAACAAGCGAAUUAUUUUUCUCAAGUAUAUUACUAGUAUUAAUACACUUUUUUUUAACACAUUUAAGCAGAUAAAUUAAAAUGUUUACGCCGUGAAAAUUGAAAAAAAGAAAUCACAGGACGUUUUCUGGCAUUUUUGGUUACAUAACGUAUGAUAUAUUUUUAGUUAAACAUGAUUUAAGGACUUGUCGUUGUUGCUAACAGAAUAGUGUGUGCAUUACUUAGAUGUACAACGCGUAACAAGUUUGGAGAGUUACAAUUGCAUUUUUUUAUUACCUAUUUGUGUUAUAAUUUUAUUGAUAUGUGUAUAAUGAAUGGUAAGUUGCCAUAUAUUGUUAUUAUUUUGUUAAUUAUGUAGAAAGUAAAUAAGAUUUGUAUAAGAAAAUUGAUUAGGAUUAUUCACAUUUAUUUUUAUCUUAGAGUUUUAUUUUUUAUUAUUUGGUUGGUAAUUGAAAUAACAGUGGUUAGUUAUAUUGUAUUCUAUUAAAGUUUUCAAAAUUUGCUGAUAUUGCUUAUAUUUGCUGAGUUCUUUCUACCAAAUAGCUUAUAAUUUAAAUUCAGAAUGUACUUUCAGCGGUGUGUAUUUUACUCGAUAGGUCGGCCUUUUGAAAAACACUUAUUAUGAAAUCUAGUCAAUUGUAGUCGCGCCGACUAAUAUAGGUAGGUUAUUUUCAUCAAUCACAGCUGUGUUGUUUAUAUAUAUGCUUGAGCUGUUUAACAAAGCCUUCUUUUUUGUAAUAAAUGUUGUAGUAUAAUCUAAUAACAUUUUAUGCCAGCAUUUUAUUUUAAAAAAAAGUUGCAAGUGCCAUUAUUUCGAAUCUUUAUAAUUAACCACUCUCAGUUGUAGUUUCAAACUACACCACCAAUUUAAAUCAUUUCCAAAAAUAAUUUUUUGUUGACUAGAUUAGAAAAAUGCGGAAUGUGGGUAUUUGUAUAACGAUUUGUUUUUGUAUUAAAUUACUAUAUUUUCAAAUUCAAAUUCAAAUUAAUCCGACAUGUCUCAUUUAACAUGCUUCAAUAGGAAGUUAAAUAAAUAUACUUUUAUUUCUUACGUCCGGCCCACCUUUGCCUUUGAUAAAUAUAUUUUUUACAUUAUGAGACAUUGGUGAUAAAAUUUAUAUAAAAGGCCUCCAUUCCGCAAUUUUAUUUUUUUAAUUUUAGUUAACUGAUAAUUUUCAGUAGGACUUGGUUAGGUUUUGCGGUUUGUGAUAUAUAGUGCACUUAUUUUGACUAGGGGCUAAGGGCAGGCUUUGAUUAAAACACGAUAGUGAGUUAUCGACACGAAGCAUUUAAAAAAUGGCCUAGAUAUUGUAUGUAUAUAUGUAGUAUUUUUAAUGCACAUAUCUAAAUUUGUGCUCAUAUAACUUGAACGUUUGUAACAUGUAAUAUUGACAAUAAAAUAUUGGUUAAUGUCUUUAAAUUUAAUUAUUUGGGCUAUAAGUUUUUUGACUCUAUCUCAAAAAAUACUCUUUUUUUAUUCAGAAUACAUUAUCAAUCUUAAUGAUUUUUAACUUUUCCUAUAGACGUCAUGCUUCUUUUUUAAUUUUGUAAAAAAACAACAGAAGCUUCUGUCCAUUCCUAUAUUUUGUUAUGAAAGAAGUGCUGAAUGUCAAUUUAUCUCGAAAAGCAAGUCGUGGCUGGUUUGAUUUGAUUUUGAACCUACAUUAUAUAAGCACUCUCUUUAUAUAUUUUUUGACAUGAAUGUUAAAUUAAAAUUUUCCGUAGACACGCUAGAAAUAACAUUAACAAUAAAUAGAACUACCUAUUAGCCGCUAAAUUAUAUAAACUUGCAUUCGCAAUCGAAAAUCCAGCCAUUUUUUUUAGCCCUACUAGUAGAUUUAGUCUUACUAGUUAGCAUAGAGUUUGAAAUUAUAUUUACAACGUUAAAAUGUUAGUUGCAACUAUACUUCAUUGUUAGGUGACGUCAACCGCUCCGCUCGCGUAAAACGAAUAAUCACCAUUAAAAAACCCUCUCUUAAUGCACCACUUGAUCACAUAAAGAACCUACACGCCAAAUUUCAAGUCUCUAGACCCAGCGGUUUGAGCUGUGCGUUAAUAUGUCUUCUUUUAAUUUAUUGUAUCCGAAACAUUUGAAUUAAUCUAUUAUGCCUUUUAAAUCCCAAAUUAUUUUCUACAUUAAAUCUGACCAAUAUAAGUACUUUA